AUGCAUGGCAGGAGGGAGGGGGAAGCACGAACAAGGGGGGUGGGAGGGAGGAGGGAGAUGCAGAAUCAGCUCGCCCAGCAUGCCGAAGCGGCGAAGACAACGAAAGACUGGAUCCCCGGUGUGAUAUUUAGGCAACGGAAUGUCCGCCAAGCAGCCGACGGAGAAGCAGAAAAGUCUCGUCCCGUCUUGUCGGAUUUUCAUGUGCCAGAUUCGACAUUGGCAAAAAAAACUCUGCCUUGCCGUGAAAGAUGGAUUGACCGAGCGUCCGCCGGAUUCUGGCGUCACGAGAACAGGUUCGAGUGGAUUCCGUGA